AUGGAGAAUUUGUGUCUUCGAUUGUUUCUUAAAAUGAUAACUUUAAGCUUAUUGACGCUGGUUAUCAUUGCAAGAUUUAAAGCAGAACAAUGUCGCAACAGAUAUUUUAAAAUUGUCAGCAAUGGUGAGUCUUUGUUUUCAGUUAUAUAAAACACAGUUUAUGCAUGUAUAACAUGCAGUAUAUACAAUGCACUAUAUAGUUAUAAUGUUCUAAAUAAAGCUCUUCUUAGUCAGAUGUAAUUAUCUAGAAUCUCUCAACGUUUUGCUUACUUUAUUUUGUUUACUUUAUUUCAAAGAAUGUGCAUCGUUACCUCCCGAAGAGAUCAUAUCAAGCCAAAAUGUCGGACACCCUGUCGAUGUGAAUUGCAAUUUUCUCUGCCUCGGUGUAUCAAAAUGUGUUGGGUUUAACUUCAGAGCAAGAACCAAAGCGAUAAACUGUCAGCUGACUAACACCACUAAGAAAAAGAAAUACAAAGAAGAGGGAGAGUGGACGUUGUAUCGGGAUAUCGAUGUCGUACGUAUAAAAUUGAAAAUGUUAAUUUUCAAAACAUUAGAAGAAAAAACAAGCAAACAAAAUCUUGCUUUCAUGCGUUUUUUAUUACAAGAAGAGAGAAUUUUUUCUUAUAGAAAACAAUCGAAUUUGAUAUUUGAGCUAGCUUAUAUGCAUGGGUACUGUAUACUUUUCCUAGUUAAAUAACUACCUUUAAUUUACUACAGAUCAAUUUUAGUAGCCCAUAUGGUUGUAUGUUUUAUGCAGGCAUAGUUUGUUUCGCAAACUGUCCAUCUUCGUGAUCCGUACUGCAGGUUACCGAUCGCUUGGGAACCAAUCAAAAUGCUGCAUUGUGCAGAUGGACCGCCUUGCUAUAAUAAUAAUCAGAAUUAUUUAUAUGUUUCGGUAGUUUGAAAAUUAUUUCCUUAUCUUUUUUUAGGCAGAAAAUGCAAAUGAGAAAAGGAAAACACCAGCAGGUAUUGCAAGAUCACGCGCUUAUACCGCUGAUUCCAGACCCCCGGCCCCGCUAUACUGAAGGUUGUUGCCAGGUAUAGUUCAGUAUCCUGAAUUGGGAGACCAUGUAAAUAGAGUGACGCUCGCUCGGUUGUUUCUGACGUGUUUCGAGAUUUCAUCCGGGUAAUCCUCCCAUCUUAAAACUAAUCCUCCCAUCUUAAUUGUGUAUACGCGUAUGCAUGAAUGUGGCGCAGUAAAUAUUUUAAACGCCUUAUACUGGGGGAGAAGGGGAAGGGAACCAAAAUUAGGGCGUUCGCCAGAGUAUGAUUUAGGUCAUCAGGUAUAAGGUUAGGGCCAAUUCUGAGCCACUAACUAGUGGGGCCUCCGGGGCCAAACGUCCCCUGCCCCCCUAUGCCUUGUGCGUGGUGAACUCGCGGCCAUGGGCCAUGCAAAGUUUUCAAGAUUUGCAUGUUUAGAUAAGAUGUAUAACGUUAAAAUAAACUGAGAGUGUGAAACUGCGAACAAGUUGCACAAUCAAACACAGACGUAAUUACUCCUAAAAACGUUGGGCAAGUUCAUCACAAAUUUAGUGAAAGAAAAGAUGGUGCAUGUGUACACAAUACAGGUUGACAUAAAUUUUUACCGUUUAUUCCAUUAGCUCAACCCACCUCCAGCAAACCUAUCUCGACAACAGCGACACCCGUGGCAAGUUGUUCUAGUUUAUACAAAUCUGGUAAAAGAAAAGAUGGUGUUUACACUAUCAACCCUGAUGGCCUUGGAUCUUUCCAAGUCAGAUGUGAUAUGCAAACAGAUGGUGGAGGGUGGACAGUGUUCCAAAGAAGACAAAACGCAAGUGUUCAUUUCUAUCGUGGAUGGCAAGAUUACAAAAAUGGUUUUGGUGAUCUUAACGGUAAUUUUUGGCUUGGUUUGGAUGAAAUACAUCGUUUGACAAAAUCAGGACAAAAUGUUCUAAGAGUGGACUUGAUGGAUUGGACUAACGAUACAGCGUACGCGAAGUAUAGAUCAUUUUCUGUGGCGCCUGAGUCUGACGGUUAUAGACUGAACCUAGGAAUUUUUUCAGGUAAAUAUGAUUUGAUAAAUAUAAAUUUGAUAAAAUAUACCAUGCAAGUAGCGACGAAGCCAUGCAGGGACGGACUAGGGUGUGGCUUAGGGGGUGCAGUUGUAAUAAUAUUUGAAUAUUAAAAUGAACGCGCUCCCUUGAAACAUUAAAAUAAAAUUAUGUGCAGAAAGGUUAAUUAGUCAUGGAAAAAAUUGGACAAUACAAAAAAUAGCAAAGUUAACAUAUAUUUUUGAAAUGAUUAUAUGGAAUUUUUAAACUCUUAACUAACUGAAGCCGAAAGUAUCACAUACUUGAAAAUCCCAAACUUUCAAAUAUUUUAAGGAAAUAUAAUUUUAUAUCUAUAAGGUAAUGCUGGUAAUUCGUUGACAUUUCACAACGGAAUGAAGUUCACUACCCACGACAGAGAUAAUGAUCAGUGUGUCGGCAACUGUGCUGUGGGAUACCACGGUGCUUGGUGGUAUAAGAAAGGUCACUACUCCAACCUCAAUGGUCGCUACCUCAAGGCAGGGGAACAAUCUUUCACAGGAAUAAAUUGGCGGCAUUGGAAAGACAACAGAUCUAUGAAGAAAACGGAGAUGAAAAUACAUCCUUUUGGAUUUUAG